AUGGCGCCCCAAUCGUCCGCUCUUUCGAAAACCCUCGAAUCACUCACCCUGAGCAAGAUCCGGGAAUUAGAAAAACAGCGCUCAACCUAUGAAGACCGAAAAGCCAAGGUUCUCGCAGACGCAGAAAGCCAACCCGAUCUCUUCUUGCGGGUAAAUGUCAUCCUGAACGGCACGAAAGCUAUUCUUCCACAUGUCUCAAAGGAGCACACGGUCACAAAUAUCGAGCGCUGGCUCGAUCAGCGCUGCUUCGACCCCACGGUUACCGAUGGCAUGUUAAAGGAAUACGAGACCGAGCUCCGGUCGCGGAUGGACGCCCAUAGCCGGAGGCUGAGCCUCGCAGAUUUGUAUUCGCGGCUACUGACCGAGUGGACGAAUGCAUCUGGAGCCGGCGAGGAUGCAGAUAUUGCUGAGGAUGAGUAUCUGGUUGUCGAUGAGCGACAGAAGCAGCGACUGGAGCAGCUGUGUGACCAGUUCGAAGAAGCUGUGUUUACGCCGUUUGAGACAAGUACGGAGGAUAUCCACGCGUUCUUUGACUCGCUCUUCCCCGACGACGAGAAGAUGAAACAGUGGAACAUUCUCCGGAACGAAAUUUUCAAGUCGACCCAGGACGAGUUUGAGGAGGAAGCGCCGUUUGACGAAGAAACUCUCACGGCGACGAUAGGAGGGCUGUUGAGAGAGGACAUCGUGAGCGAGGAGAAGCAGGAUGUUCUGAAAGGGUUUCUUAAGAACAGCGUCGCACUGACUGAGAUUGCGGAUGUUUUGAACAUGCGAUGGGCGGACUUGGAGAACUGGGACUGGUUUGCUGGGGAUGAGGGCAUCCCAGUUUUGCCGCGCCAGGAGCUGAAUGGGAAAUACCGAAUCUGGAUUGAUGAGGAUGUUUUGCAACUGAUAUUUGUACAGUAUAUUGGCAUACGACUGUGCAAUAUCCUGAAGAGCGAGCUGAAAGGCUUCAUUGAAGAUUACGGCGUGUGGAACUGGAAGGUAGCCCCAGCUAUGACCGAGGACGAUGUUGAGCGUCUAGCAUACUACACCAACAGGCCUAGGGCAGAAUAUGGGCCAGAGGAGACGCGAAAAUCGAAUUACACUGAGCGUUAUUUCCUCUCAAAGCUGCCGACAUUAUUGACAACGCUUGCAGACGGGGAUGCGGAGUAUGACGAUGAUGACAGCGACGAGUCCGCCGAGCCUAAAAGAAACAUCAAACAAGAACUCUUACGCAAGGUUGCGACCGAAACACUCCUCCAAAGACGCAUUUAUGGGGAGGCCGCGGUAAUACAGACGGACCUACGCUGGUUUGGAACCAGCAUUCCACACAGCACAAUUUUCGCUGUCAUGUCCUACAUUGGAUUUCCCGAGAAGUGGAUUGCCUUCUUCCGCAAGUAUUUCGCGGCGCCGUUGAAUAUGGACCAGUCGUCUACAGGGCGCACGCCUAAGGGGCCCCAGACUCGCCAAAGGGGUAUGCCCAUGGCUCAUGCGUCCGAGAAGCUAAUCGGGGAAUUAGUAUUGUUCUUCAUGGAUUUUGCCGUUAACAGCAGGACUGGAAUGCUGUUGUACCGGCUACAUGAUGAUAUCUGGCUCUGCGGCGAACCCAGCAAAUGUGCCAAAGCGUGGGAGGUAAUGGGUAGGUUUGCAGAAGUAACUGGGCUCGAAUUCAACGACAACAAAACAGGCUCUGUUUAUCUUUCUGACUCCAUUGAUCCGGCUGUCGCAAAUAAACUACCCAAAGGGCCCGUCACAUUCGGCUUCUUGGAGCUCGACAAUUCCGGGACAUGGGUAAUCGAUCAGAAACAGGUCGGCGCUCACGUCAAGCAACUGAAAAGACAGCUGGAUAAAUGCGACAGCGUGAUGGCAUGGAUUAGGACCUGGAACAGCUGCAUUGGGCGGUUCUUCAGAAAUACCUUCGGAGAGCCCGCUGCCUGCUUUGGACAGCAACAUGUGGACAUGAUCCUCGCAACAUAUAGGGCAAUGCAGGAAACUCUAUUCGGCAGCACUACUGGCACGGUCGCCCAACACCUGCGGCAAAUGAUCAAGGAAAGGUUCGGAGUGUCUGAGAUUCCAGAUGCGCUCUUCUACUAUCCUGAAGAACUAGGUGGCCUCGCCCUCCGCAACCCGGCCAUCUCGCCAUUCCUAGUUCGACGCUCGUUGAAAAUGUCACCACUCGAACAAGUCGAAGCUUUCUUAGAGCGGGAAAGGGAGGCCUACAAUAAAUUGAAGAAGCAGUUUCACGAAAUGUCCCAUACGGCUCGCAUGUCUCGCUUCACAAAAGCAAAUAAUGGUAACGAGCGCCAAUUCGUUUCCCCGGAAGAAAAGGACACGUUCAUCUCCUUUGAAGAGUGGAGCAGAUUCCGCUGGUCUCACAGUGCUCCAUUCCGGUCUCUAUAUGACGAUCUCCAACGAGCCCCUGUCGCGGAUGGUAUUCGAUUUACUUCACCCGUCACUAAUGCGUUGCGGGCAGUGUUGCGAGGGUCAAUUGUGGACGAUUUUGAUGAGGAGACGAAGUGGCUCGUGCAGAUGUAUGCGCCGGAGGUACUCAAAAAUUAUGGAGGCGUUGAUCUGGUUGAGAAGAAGUAUCUCCCUGUGGGUGUUAUGGCGAUGGUGAAGGAGAAACGGGUGCGGUGGCAGAUGGUGCUCUAA